UGACAGCAAAUUAAAUGGAUGCCCCACGAACAAGUUAUAGAUCGCGCUUGAGUGUUAUUUUUUGUUUUAAAGCAGUGGAUUUCUUUUCUCUUCUUGUUUUGUAUCAAAAACAAAAAUGUUGAUCUCGUUUUUGCUCAGUGCUCUGAUUUUAUGCGAGAUCGAAGCGCUAGGCCAGCUCUCCCCCAGCGGAACCGGGACGAGACCCCCUCCUCUGCAUGUCGAUGAUGAGGGGAACUCGUUCUCAACGGACCGAGAGGCUCCCAAGCGACAGCAGCAAGUCCUCGAACGCUUUUCCGGUUCAAGCUUCACCCUGAAGGUACAGGUCACUGACAUGCUGACUCGUCAGUACCUGAGUCAGGCAGAGGUGAAUCUCUACGUCAAUUACACCAGAAUCAACACAGUUCUUACAGGGGACGACGGCAGUGUUUUUCACCAAGUACCUUUUCAAACUGGGUCACCUGUCACAGUUGUGGCGUGCAAGGACGGCUACAUUUGCGCAUUGCUUCCAUACAGAACUAUGAGGACACCAAUAUUUUCUUCGGUGACCGUACCACUAUGCCGUCUGACACAAGGAAACAUCUGGCUUUUUGAAGACUCUUUCCUGAUCACUGACAAAACAUCUGAUACUUCAUUAGAGCCUGUUGUCCAGUUCCCAAAGAGUCUGCUGAACCUGACCGAGGGCAGUGACAUCGCCUCUUUUAAAGCUUACUUGACCAUCCCGAAGCCACCUUUACAGGAACGAGACUUUCUCAAGACCUUGGCCAUCAUGAGCAGAACAACAGGAUACAUCAGCAUGGAAUUGAAUCCAGUUGCGGCAGUUAGUGUGCGGCUGUUCUCCGGAGACACAGAGCUGCAUAUCAGUGGACCCAUAAAGAUCAGCCUAACUCUUCCCGACAACUGUGAACUGCAGUCUUCAACUGCGGUUCCAGCAUGGUUAUAUAACCGCACCACUGGUGGCUGGAUGAGACAGGGAUUAGGGUCGGUGGUGUCAGAAGGUAGAAAACUGAGUUGGACAUUCACCGCUCCUCAUCUUGGUUACUGGAUUGCUGCACCUAUGCCAACUGUUGGACAUGUCUUUAGACCUGACAUCCUCAGGGACGUCUUUGUCCAUUAUUCACCUUUCCUGAUGGUCAUUCUCGGAGGAAUGCUUUGUCUUUUUGCCUGUCUUCUUGCUGGCCUGUUGUAUUGUCACAGAAACUCUGCAAGGCAAACUAAAGUGACGCAGAUGGUGCCACUGAUGAGAAAAGACCAAUCCACCACGACCGGCAGCAAUGAAGACAUUGAAGGAUCUUCUCAAUUUACCGAAAAAAGGGAUGACCAUCAUAAUGUCAGCGUAUCCAUCUAUAAUGGCAAUAUUAUAGCCAAUCCAAAUGCAUUGGCCGGCAGUGUUGAAGCCAAUGAUGUGAUUCCUUCAAGCAAUACAACGGAGCUGAUACGAGUUCCGGCUUCUCUAACAGACUCUCUGGUGUUUUACAACCAGCCUAUUGCCAUUCUGCAUGCGGCUGCAUUUUUCCAAGUGGAAGACCAACAAGAGGAUCUCCACUGGAGCAAGUCAAUGGCUUUGUAUACUGGUAGCUCAGAGAAACAGAGUGAAGAAAGCUGCACCCAAAAUGUGUCACCGAGUUCCUCUGCCACUGCGAACCAGGGAGGAGAUACCAAAAGACAGGUUGUCAAUUUGGAAAAUGCUCAGGUCCCAACAUCCAGAGGCCAGUAUAGUCUCCUGGAAUCUGCAUCAGUUCCAGAAACAUUAAGUAAAAUGCGGACUAGUAGACACUCGAUGGACGCCGCGACAGAACUUUCAAAAAUGCCUUCAUCGCAGCCUCCCCGGGCCUGGUUUGUGAGUCUGGAGGGCAAACCUGCGGCCGAGAUCCAUUAUGCCGUGGCAGAGCAGCAGCGGAGAAGAAGAGCGGCGGAAAGUCAAGAAACCAGUUUGGAUUCGGGCGUGGAUAUGAUCGAGAUGAACCAGACACCCGGGAGGAGAGCUGUAACUCUGGAGAGGAACACUACUUUUGUAAAGAGGACAUCCAGCAACAAACAUCCGUCGCAGUAAAAUCAUCAGUCAGUGUUCAGGUCUACAGUGCUUGAAGUGAAACAGCAUCAGAUGUAAUUACUGUAUGUCAUGAUGUGAGUGGCUGAGUUCACACAAUCAGCAUUCUAGCUACAUCUGCGAUAUAGCAGUCGUUGAUUUAAAAUGUGAUUCCUUUUCACUCAUUGUACUGUAACUGAACAAGAUGUGAUUCAUUCUUUCCUUCAUUAGUUUCAUCAAUUGAUAAGUUAAAUUGCAAAGCUUUUUUGUCAUUGAUAAUGACUCAUUUGGAUUGUCAGGUGUCAAGGGAAAAAUGUUAACCCUUAGUAGACAACAGACAGGACAAGCACACUGAGAAUAAUAAGAGAUACAAUUUAAUAAAAACUUGCAUACAAGGAGGCGGCACGGUGGGCGACUGGUUAGAGCGUCAGCCUCACAGUUCUGAGGAGCGAGGUUCAAUCCCCGGUCCCGCCUGUGUGGAGUUUGUAUGUUCUCUAUGUGCCUGCGUGGGUUUUCUCCGGGCACUCCGGUUUCCUCCCACAUCUCAAAAACAUGCAUUAAUUGGGGACUCUAAAUUGCCGUAGGUGUGAGUGUGAAUGUUGUUUGUUUGUAUGUGCCCUGCGAUUGGCUGGCAACCAGUUCAGGGUGUACCCCGCCUGCUGCCCGAUGAUAGCUGGGAUAGGCUCCAGCACGCCCGUGGCCCUAGUGAGGAGAAGCGGCUCAGAAAAUGGAUGGAUGGAUGCAUACAAGGAAAGAGUUAAAAUACAACAUGAUGGCUUUCAGAAGUGUCUGCCUUGUUCUCCUUUUUAGGCAAGCAUAUAUAUAUAUAUAUAUAUAUAUAUAUAUAUAUACACACAGAUACACACAUAUAUCUCAACGGGCAGUUAUCAUCUCCCUCAUGCAAGUGGUUGUCAAUUUGUGUUUACCACAGUGGAAUCAAUCUUUUCCAAAACCUCCAAAACCCUAACAUUAUCACACUGAGUUGUUUUUGCCAUAUAGUAUCAUGAACUAAACAUUUUCUUCACGCAAAAUAAUCUCUUUGUUUAUUUUCU